AAUAAAAAACCUGGACUUCUUUAAAACACGCUUCAAAAUCUAACAUAAAAUGGCGCAGACGGGAACGUAUCGAGAGGAAUUGGAAAAUGAACUUAAACAAACAGACCCAAAUUCACAUGCAAACAGAUUAAUAGCACAAGAAAUUGACAGGUUAACAAAAGGUGAAGAUGACAAGAAAGAAAGACCUCUUGUGGCUAUGUAUGAUUUGCACACAGACCGUCAACAGAAAUGUUCACUUAAAAUUAGAAUACCAGUAAAGGAACAUCCAAGAUAUAACUUUGUUGGUAAACUGUUGGGUCCUAAAGGUCAAACACUAAAAGCUCUACAGGACCAAACUGGUUGUAAAAUGGCCGUCAUGGGUAAAGGAUCAAUGCGUGAAAAAGAAAAGGAAGAGGAACUUCGCAAGGAAGGUGGAAAAUACGCACAUUUAAAUGAAGAUCUUCAUGUUUUGGUUGAGUGCUUCACUGAUAUCACAGAUGGUUACCACAGACUUGCAGGGGCUCUUGUUGAAUUAAGGAAAUUUGUCAUUCCUGAUAUGGCUGAUGAAAUGUACGGAGGUGAUAUGGUUAUGGAUGAAAUGGGCAUGAAUGGAGGUGGUGCCCCAAGAGGCCGUGGAGGAUUUAGAGGAGGGCCACCAGAGAGAGGGGGUCGUGGUGGAUUCCGUGGUCGUGGAAGUGGACCUGCCCCACCACCUGCUGGCAGAGGAGGGCCAUCUACUAGAGGAGCACCACCACCAAGGGGAGCACCUAGAGGGGCACCAGCCUCUAGGGGAGCACCACCAACAAGAGGAGGUGCCCCAUCCAGAGGAGCCAGAGCUGCAGCUCCUGCUGCUGGUUAUGAUGGCUAUAGUUCACAGGGCUAUGGAUCUGGUUAUGGAGCCAAUUAUGAUGCAUCCUAUGAGGAGGCUUAUGGACAAAGCUAUUCUUCUGGGCAAGAUGGUUCUUACUAUGAAUAUGGCCCUACAGCAAGUGGUGCUGCUGCAUAUGACUCAUAUGGUAGUGCUGGAGGUUAUGGAGAAUAUGCUGAAAGCUGGGGUACUGCUGGUGGCAAAGCCCCACCAUCAACUCGAGGAGCUGCUAGGGCGCCAACCCGUGCCCACCCUUACUCUAGGAGUGCUCCGAGCGGAAGCUACUGAGCUGCACUAGCCUUUUGAGGGCUAUGUCCAACCAUAGGUCAACUCUUCCGAAGGCAUUAUUUUGUGCACUUUCACUGCCAUGGCCAGAUAGGUUCACAGAAUGCAUAUUUGUUCUCAGCAAGUUACUGAGGUACACUAUAGGGGGCAUUUUUAGUUUCUAGUAAGACCUAAAAGCUAGCUAACAAUAUAAAGGGUUGAAAUAAAGUAUAUGGUUGGGUAAAAUUUAAUGUUAUAUGGCUAUGUGAACCUCAAAGCAAAACUGUCCAAGAUAUGUAUAAAAUUGUUGAGUUAAAUGCAUUUUAUUGUAGACCAUCAUUCCCUGAAUAACAUUUUAGUUGUGGGUUUUAAAUAAAAGUUGUUUUAUGACAUGAUUUUAAAAUGACAUAAAUGUUCUGCUAUCAUUACUAUUAAUACCAUAUUGUUUUACUUCGUUUAAUGUUUAAGUUUUAAACCUUCAAGUAAAUACUAUGUCCUUUAAUGUUGUAAAUUCAGUGUAGAUUUAGCUUGUUUAUUGUUCAAUUCUAUUUUAACCCAACUUUGUCAGUGAAAUCAAUAUUGUGAACAUUUUUUUUACUCAAUACAUUUAGGUGCCCUCACGCGCCUCAUUUUUUUAUAAGGUAUCUUUAACUCAUGUGUACAUAAACUUCAUUUCUCUUUUAAAACCCAGCAAAAGUUGUAUUUCAGUUCUUCCUAAAAGUGUUAAGUAUUGUUCAAUACAAUGUAUUCAGUUUAAUUUUGUUCAUUGGUCAGUAAUAAAAGUCAAACUUAAUAAAAACUCUUUAGGGUCAAUGUAAGUUUUAUUCUGCAUGACACUUUUAUCAAAAGUCAUUUUGAAUUUAAUGUUAAGACUAAAAAUUCAAAAUAAAACCAAUGUAAGAAAGAAAAAAAAAGAUUCUUAUUGAUAUACAAUUACUUUUUUUAAAAUUGUUACUUAAACUUUUUUUUUUCUGAAAUUUUCAGUUCAUUAAAAAGUUUCAAGUUUAAUCCUGUUAGUAUUAGACAUUAAAGAAUUUAUUUCAAUGUAUUUGUUAAUACCAUAAUCUUUGAGAAAGAUAUUGGAAUAUUUUGUUAUAAACAUUUCAGAUGAAUAAAAAUUUUGUUACUCAAAAUAAUUUAAAGACGUUCAGUAUAUAUUCGUUAAGCCCACCACAGUUCAAUUUUUAAAUCAAUUUUGUUGUAAUAUUUCUUGUAAAAAAAAUUAAUCAUAAUAAACCUAGACUAAAGAAAACCAAUAUCUUUGAGUAAAGCUAAACUUCCUUGACUUGCAGUAUGUUAAUGUUUGUCCCAGAAGAUGUUAAUGGGCUGUAUAGCCAAUUAUUUGUCUACCUUCAAAUAUUAACCACUAUUAUAAGGUCUACUGUGACCCAAAGGUGUAAGAAAGCCAAUGUACAGACACCAUAAGAAGAGCAGAUAAUAAUACCCUGAAAUUAAACAGGGACACCGCUUUUAAAUAAUCGGGUUUAUUUAAAGCCCUAAAAUUAAAAGCAAAGGUGAAAAAAAGCCAAAGUCCAGGUAAAUAAGAUUUUAAACAUCAAUAAGAAAAGGCAUUUUGAAUGACAUAGUCAUUGGUAGGAUACUAAUUUGACUUCUAAAUAAUAAAGUUAGGCAUAAUAUACCCUAAAUUAUUUAAAUUAUGCUUUAUUAUUAAAUUGUCCAAGAUAAGUCCAUAAGAAUCAAAAUGCCUUUUCAUCUUUAAUCAAAGUUAAGACUCUUUAAAAAAAGAUUUUUAAAAACACUUUAAAAUAGUAUCUCUUUUUAGUAUCUACCAUACUAGUAAAUUGUUUAAAAAUAAAGCUUAGUUUUGCUUUAAAUUUUCUGACAUUCUAGGUCAAUUAAAAAAAAAAACUAUUAUGCCCUAAAAAGGGGAGCAUGAGUUUAAAAUAUGUUAAUAGGCUAGGCGAUAUGUAGAAGUAUAUAAUUUAAUGUCUAUAGUGUCCUCUUCAUUAGUGGGUUGUUAUUUACUGAUAGUUCUUAGAGCUAACCAUGUUAGUUUUGGUUUAUUACUAACAGUUGUCAUGUGUAUUUCCAGAACUCGCUGGAAACUGUUUGACAGAACCUAGCAACUGUCAAAAGAUUAUGACUGAUACAUCAUUUGAGAUGGCCCGAGAGACCAGCUGAGAGGAUUUUACCAGAGUUAUCUGAAAGUGCUGCUGAUGGAUAUGAUAAACAAGAAAACAAAAACCAA